AUGGGUGACAGAACCAACAGCAAUACAGAGUUUAUCGAACAAAAUCUCAAGCUUGGGAGAUUCUUUGCUGGCGACACUUUGGCCGAAAACGACAGAAUGGAUGAAAAGGAAAUAGCCGGAUAUCGUCGGUUAACGUUUGCAGGCGUCACCGUGGCCGCUGUGGCAACGGUGACGUCGAUCAUCGUCGUUCCGCUUUUGUUCUCCUAUGCGCAGAAUGUACAGUCUCACCUCGAAGUCGAAUUGAAGUUCUGCGUCAUGAACACCCACAAUCUAUUUGACGAAAUGAGAAAGGUUGAGGUGAUAACUGGCCAAAAGAGUCGGAUCAAACGCGGCGGAUAUGCCAUGCGACCUCCUCCUCCUCAGGUGCGACCUCCUCAGAGCGAAGCGUAUAUCGCAUGGCACAAAAGAGCAAAUGAUGCUGUGAAUCUUCUAAAGCGAGCCCUAUUCAUCAACAAUGUAAACAUUUGUGACAAGAAGCCAGAACAGCUUUAA